AUGAAGCUGAUCGAGUCCCACGAUACGGUGACCUUCCCUGAUGAUGUUACCUUCACCGUCAAGAACCGCAUAGUUCAUGUUUAUGGACCUCGAGGGACGUUGAAGCGCGAUUUCCGCCAUCUUCAUAUGGAGAUGGAACGCGUGGGAAAGAACCAACUGCGUGUUCGUAAAUGGUUUGGUGUGCGCAAGGAGCUCGCAGCUAUCAGGACAGUGUGCUCUCACAUCCAGAAUAUGAUCAAGGGAGUCACAAAGGGUUACCGCUACAAGAUGCGAUCCGUAUACGCUCACUUCCCAAUCAACGUUACCCUUCAAGAUGGUGGAAGAACUGUUGAGAUUCGUAACUUCCUUGGCGAGAAGAUUGUUCGCCGUGUGCCUCUUCCAGAUGGUGUUACUGCCGCUCUCUCAACAGCUCAAAAAGAUGAGCUUAUCAUUGAAGGAAACGACAUCCAGCUCGUGUCACAAGCAGCUGCCCGCAUCCAGCAGUCCACCACUGUCAAAGAGAAAGAUAUUCGAAAAUUCCUGGACGGAAUCUACGUGUCUGAGAAGACCACUGUUGUUCAAGAGUAAAUUGUUCUCCUUUUUUUGUUGAUAAAUUGUUAUUUACUUGCGGCUUCAGCCAUCGUUAAUCACUUUGGAAUUUUUUUUUCGUUAUCAAUCCUGCUUUUGAAAAGAAGUGGUUAGAGCAAUCUUCAUGGUCUUUGUAAAGUUCUCAAGGUCGUCCUCCGAGAGUUUUCUGCGAUGCUCAGAAUAGUUUCCUUGCGUUUUUUUGCGUAUU